CAUGGAUGAGUUUUCUUGCAUGGUAACAUCUUAUGAACUUAAACUGUCUAUAAAUUGAGAAUUAGUGCUAAUUGAUAACUACUCUCUCGAUUCUCUAAGCAUGGCAACCAAUUUGCUUCUUCCACCUGCUGCGAGAAGACCAGAAGGUAAGGUGGCACUGAUCACUGGGGCAGCUACGGCCAUUGGCGAGUGCAUUGCCAGAAGCUUUUGUAAACACGGGGCCAAAGUAGUAAUCGCUGAUAUUCAAGAUGAUUUAGGCCAAUCAGUAGCAAAGGAUCUUGGACAAGACGUAGCCAUGUUCAUUCACUGUGAUGUAUCUGUAGAAUCAGACGUAAAAAAUGCAGUCGACACUGCAGUCUCCAUCUUUGGUAAGCUCGAUAUACUGGUGAACAAUGCAGCCACUGGUGACCCCCGCAAACCUAGCAUCGUCGACAACGAUUCAGCUGACGUUGAGAGAGCUCUCAGAGUGAACUUGAUAGGAUCUUUUCUAGGCACCAAACACGCUGCUCGAGUGAUGAUUCCUGCUCGACAAGGUAGCAUAAUUACUCUUGGCAGUGUUUGUUCCAGUGUAGGUGGUGUUGCUUCUCAUUCAUACACCAUGGCAAAGCAUGGAGUAGUGGGUCUAGCAAAGAAUGCAGCUGCCGAGCUCGGACGGUUUGGGAUUAGAGUGAAUUGCUUGUCGCCUUACUUCAUUGAAACCCCAUUGGCUAUGAACUUCUUUAAGAUGGAUGAGGAUGGACGUUAUGGUGUAUACUCAAAUCUUGAAGGGGUCAAACUGAAACAAGAAGAUGUAGCUGAAGCCGCUAUUUAUUUAGCAAGUGAUGAAUCCAAGUAUGUCAGUGGACAUAAUCUAGCAUUAGAUGGCGGUUUUACCACCAUUAAUCCUGCUUUUGGCUUGUUUUCAAGGUUUUAAGCCACAUGCUAGUGUAGAGAUUAGCAGGAUCUCAAUCCAUCCAUCUAUAUGUAGAAAGUAACAAUGGGGGAUUCUGAGUUUUUCGCUCUUGAUGCUCAGAGCCUGUACUAUGAUGUUCUAGUAGGGGAUUCUAACUUGUCCGCUCUUGAUUUUGCUUCUUGUCAGUGCCUGUUUGAGUUACUAGAUUGGGCAUGCCUUAGCUCCACUCAAUAAGAUCUUUUUUAUUGAAUU